AUGGUUCAAUCAGGCGCCGAGGCGGCCUUGGCUAGUAAUGGCCAAGGUCUGGUGAUCUUGUCGGUCAUCGAGGGCAGCGUUGCGCUGUGCCUCUUGAUCGCUCGCAUGUACACCACUUGGCGCAUCACUCGGCACAUUCGGAGUGAUCUCUUCCUGAGUUUAGUCACUUUUAUCAUUGGCUUGGUCGGAACGAUAUUCCUGGCUCUUGGUGUCAACUCUGGGCUUGGCGCACACAAGGCCAACCUCACCGAGACCGAGAUCACGCACGCGAUCAAGUGGAAUUGGAUCAACCAAUCACUCGGUAUUCUUGCUACUGCGACCGGAAAACUAGCCAUCGUCGCUUUUCUACAACAGAUUCAUGGUCCUGAAAGCCGUAAGAAGGUUAACAUCUUAUGGGGCAUUGCUAUCAGCAAUUUGAUUGUGAACUGUAUCACCAUUGUCCUGAUUUGGACACAAUGCGACCCCAGCGCGAAGUUAUGGAACAAUGGGCUACCAGGAUCCUGCGAGGGCAGACUUCGGAACCAGCAGGCCGCUUACUUUCAAGGCAGUUAUUCCGCGUUGUGCGAUCUGAUUCUAGCCCUAUACCCAGUCAUGUUCUUCUGGAAUGUCCGACUCAACCCGAGAGUCAAAAUCGGCCUUUGCUGCUUGAUGGGUCUAGGAGUCGCAGCGUGUGUCUGCGCCAUCGUCAAGACGACAACCUUACGGGUCCUCGAAGAAACAGAAGACGUAACCUAUUACAUGGCACAGCUGAUCAUCUUGAACGAAACCGAGAAAUGGGUCGUCUUCAUCGUCGGCUGCAUCCCUCCCAUUCGACCUCUCCUCAUGAUCGUCUUCCACCGUAUCUUGACCUCCGCUAAAUCAACCAUUGGCCAAUCUCAUACGAAUCAACUUGGUCGAUCUACCGAGCUACACUCCUACUCUCACUCUAAGCCACGAGCACGACAUAUGACAUCGAACUUGGUGAGUGUAUUAGAAGACAAAGACAACAGUGAGAUCAAUCUCGCAGAGGAAGGUGGGAUUAUGAAAACGACCGAGGUGAGGUUGAGCUACGAGGCCGGUUCUUCCAACGGUACAACAUCGACCCACAAUGAACAUGCCCUGGAGGACGUUCAUCUACCCGUUGACAGGGUUUAG